GCAAGCAACAGACAGACAGAAAUCACCUUCGCUUCGUUGCACUGUGACACCAACUUCAGUUAUUUUCUUUCCAAACAAUUUUGAUUUCUUCCUCCACUUGCAACCAUGGGUGUUGACCGUGAAUCCAUCUCAGAGGCUUACCAUGAUGUCCGUGACGAUAACACCCCCAGCGUAUGGGCGGCAAUCGAGUACCACGAUGAUGGAUCACUUGCCUGCAAGCGAAGCGGCAACGACUACGCGGAGGCCAUUGCACUGUGCGAAGAGGCAAACCGUCUCUAUCUCUUCGUUCGCAUCGAGACCGGCGAUGAGCUGAGCCGGAGAGCAAAGUUCGCCCUGAUCACAUGGAUCGGCGAGCGUGUCUCCCCACUCAAGAAAGCAAAGAUGAGCACCGACAAAGCCUCCGUCAAGGAGGUGGUUCAGAACUUUGCUAAGGAGCUUACAACAUCAGAGAAGCCUGAGAUCGAGUACGACUUCAUCAAGAGAGAAGUACAGAAGGCUGGUGGUGCUAACUACGGCACUGGCCGUUAAUUCUGGGCAUAGCACGUGCUCAAUUUUCUAUCCGUGUCGUUGCUUGUUUUAUUUGUUCUUAUCUUAUUUUUUACAAAUCACCUCAUAUGCUAGUAGUAGUAGUAGUUAUUUAAUUUCCGCUUGUGUCGCUGUUCGUUGCCUAGUUUCUGUACAUGUCUUUGUCGUGCCGUUCGUUGUCAGUUGAAUCAUAUCCUUUUAGUGUCACCCUCUACUGGACCUUCCGCUAUCUUUCAAAACAAUCCUAGUCCGGGAGACUGGUUGAUUUCUCACCUCAGUAACAAUGAGCCGUCGUGCCAUUGUGCGCUACUUCAUCUCUGCUGGGCAGGCCGCGCUGUUAAGUGGCACUGUGAUCUCUUUGGCUCGCUGUUGUUUGGACGCUACAUGACGUGCCUUCACUUUUUUUAAACCACCUUCAGUGCCAGAGAUAAUGCACAUAAUCUA